CCUAACAACACUCGCUUUCUGGUUCUGGUUCUGGUAGAAGCCCAACAACCAAAACUCACAGAUUCAAUAUGUUAAACCAGACCUACCCUCCAUUUCCCACCACGCCGCCUCUCCUUCUCUCUCUCUCUCUCUCUCUUCCAUGGCUUCCUCAUCCUCUCCCUCUCUCUCUCUGAAACAGAUUCUUCCUCUCUCUUCCCGCCGCACCUCUCUUUUCCUCACCGGUUCCUUUCUCCAGCUCCGGAGCUCCGGUUUCGACCGUAUCCGGUGUCCUUCUCUGUCAUCGCAUUUGAACCGGACAUACAGAGUGCCCUCCCGAGCGUCGGCGGGUUCGGCUCCUCAAGUGAUGGACCGGUCGCCGAGUGAGGCGAAUUCGGGCGUUCUGACAACCGUGGAGGCCGACUUGGGUGACCGGAGCUACCCGAUCUACAUUGGACCCGGGCUUCUUCACCAGCCGCAUCUUCUUCAGAGGCAUGUUCAUGGGAAGAGAGUUCUUGUGGUCACUAACACCACAAUUGCACCAAUUUACUUGGAUAAAGUUAUUAGUGCUCUAACAUCUGGGAACCCAAAUGUUUCGGUUGAGACUGUAAUUUUACCUGAUGGCGAAAAAUACAAGGACAUGGACACUCUUAUGAAAGUUUUUGACAAGGCUAUUGAGUCAAGAUUGGAUCGACGAUGUACGUUUGUUGCCCUGGGUGGUGGCGUCAUUGGUGAUAUGUGUGGGUUUGCUGCUGCAUCCUUCCUCCGAGGAGUUAAUCUUAUUCAAAUUCCUACUACUGUUAUGGCACAGGUAGAUUCUUCUGUUGGGGGAAAAACUGGAAUAAACCACCGUCUUGGGAAAAAUCUGAUUGGUGCAUUCUAUCAACCUCAAUGCGUGCUUGUAGAUACCGACACUUUAAAUACAUUGCCAGAUAGAGAACUAGCGUCAGGGUUUGCUGAGGUUAUAAAAUAUGGGCUCAUCAGAGAUGCUGAAUUUUUUGAGUGGCAAGAGAAGAAUAUGCUGGCACUGAUGGCAAGGGACCCAAGUGCUCUAGCUUAUGCUAUCAAGCGAUCGUGUGAAAACAAGGCUGAGGUUGUAUCCUUAGAUGAGAAGGAAAGUGGACUCAGGGCAACAUUGAACUUGGGUCACACUUUUGGUCAUGCUAUAGAGACUGGGUAUGGCUAUGGACAGUGGCUUCACGGUGAGGCUGUUGCAGCUGGCAUGGUUAUGGCUGUUGACAUGUCAUACCGCCUUGGUUGGAUUGAUGAAUCACUUGUAAAGCGGGUUCACAGCAUCUUAAAGCAAGCUAAAUUGCCUACUGCUCCUCCUGAAACAAUAACAGUCGAGAUGUUCAAGUCUGUCAUGGCGGUCGAUAAGAAGGUGGCUGAUGGACUAUUAAGGCUUAUUCUCCUGAAAGGUCCCCUAGGAAACUGUGUUUUUACCGGCGAUUAUGACAGAAAGGCUCUGGAUGAAACCCUUGGCGCAUUUUGCGAGUCCUAAAUUUGAGUGGCUUACAAUGUUGGCAACUAUUAAAUGUUGUAGUAAAUGUUAGUUGAUGUAAUUAUAUAUAUGUAUGUUGCAUUAAGAGGUUUUUCCAUGUGUUUUUGGUUUCCUCUUUUUCUUGUUUAAUCCUAUUGUUUGGGUCCUUUGUAGCUCUACCCCGUCACCCUCUUAAGGCUUUGCCCUAAUCAAUAAACAGUUUUCUACUUUUCUGCUCCUCGUA